CGGUGUCAGUAGUUGAAACAAUUGUUGAGGUUUAAAUUCGAAUCGAUUCUAUUUUGUAUGGAACAUAUGACAUAUAUGUGUGGUGUUUUGAAAUUUUCUAUUUAUAUAAACCAUAAUUUGUGUGAAUAAAAUUUGAUCGGAUAGUUUGCUUUUUCGUCAUUUGGAUUCAAAAUGGGGUUAUUUUAAAUUUCGAUUUUUAUGAGAAAGUAAGAGUGACAUAGUAUACACUGUACAGGGACGUAUUGGGAAAAGGAAUUUAUUUUACGUGAUGAAAUUAAAAAAUCUAUAUAUAUAAAAAAAUUUGCAUAUGCGAAAAGGAAAAUCCAUUGCAAUGAUAUUAAUAAGGAAUUCGUUGAAUUAUUUGUGAACCAUAUUUUGUGCAAGAUUUUUGUGACGCCGCUGAUAUAUCUCAUUUACUUAGAACUUUUUUGUUUUUAUUAAAUAUUUCGCAAUCAUUCUGGUCGUUUGAUUAUUUCAAUUAGCAAACUAACUGACAUUUACCUACAAAAUGGAUAUAUUAAUUUGCAAAUCCGCUUUUUGAUGCUGAGCCCAAGCAGAGCGGAAGAUACAAGAAGUGCAUGAAAUGCGUAAUAUUUGUAAAAAGUGAAAAGUUGAGUGGAGGCCCGUUUUCAGUUGGAAGCAAACAGCAGUUUUGAAAAUAUGUGCUCAGUACAGGGGCGGCAAUCGCAGUGCUUAAAUGCGAUAGUCAAAUAUAAUAAAGUUAAUGUACACCGUUUUAUAGUUAAAAUUUAUUGAAAAGAAUUAGAUAAACGAGACAAACUAUAAACUACUGAGACUACAUUGAAUGAAGAAAUCGAUCUCAACUUGUGCUACAAGGAAAUGGCAAAAUUGUUAACUUUGAUUUUUCUGGUAACUCCAUUUAUUAUCUGGUAUUUUCUGUUGUUUAGUGGGAGAACUGAAAAAGAAAAUGGUGGUGGAGGUUUUGAUAGUAUUUUGGGUGUUGGUGUAGCGGCAACAAAUGGACACGGAUUGGAAGGACGUGAACGUUACAAUCACGGCCAUAUACGCAGAAAUAUAAACCAUUGCUGGAGAAGAUACGAUGGAUACAAUUUACAAAGUACUACAUUUAACAAAAAAGAACAAAUGAAGAAACCAUAUGGCAUUUUGUGCAACUUUAAAUGCACGUGGUUUUUUACUAUAAGUUUUCCAGCUUGUGAAUUCAUUUAUGACUACAAACUUUCCUGCUACUUAUUUACUUCACUGCCGGACUGCACUUCAGUCAAAUGUACGCUUUUGAAUUAUUUUAGUUAGUUAUAAAAAAUUGUAUAUAUGAAAUAUUUUUAAAU